AUGGUAGGUGACUUUUUCCACGUACAGCGCUGGUGCUUGACGGCGAUCGGUGUCGCCCGGGGUGAUACGCUCACCAACCGGACCAUCUUUACCGUUAGUCUGCUGACGGUGCUCGUGAUGAAGCUGGGCACCAUUCUGUUCGCCGUGAAUCAUCGUACCGAAAUUAUGCUACUUUGCGAUUGCCUCGGACCAACGUUCACCGCCUACCUGGGGCUGCUGCGGCAGUGCGUGUUACGGCAGCAGCGCACGGAGCUGUGGCAGCUGGUGGACGAGAUAAUCGCGCUGAAGCAAACGGUGAAAUCGAGUGAGCACCGGAUUAUCGAGCGAUACAAUCGCAUCGAUCUGCUGCACGCCUGGGCCUAUCUGGUGUCCGCCAUGGCCACGGCCGUCCUGUUCACUGCCGCCGCCCUCUGGAAGGUUUUCGGUUCGGAUGCCGCCGACUGGAAGCUACCGCUGCUGAUGGAGUUCCCGUUCGACAUCCAGCAUCCGGUAACGUUUGCGGUGUUUUUCAUCUGGUGCAGCGUCGCCAUCGUUUGGGUGGUGCUGGAAUCGGUGGCCUGCGAUUCCUCGUUCGGGACGCUCUGCUCCAGCAUGCUCGCCCAUUUCGUCAUCAUUCAGCGACGGUUUGAGGGUCUCGGAAUGGCGGAGCAACACUUUGGGACGGUCGGGGCGCUUAUUCGGUACCAUCAGUACGUACUGUGCCUGACGAAGCGCAUCAUCGGCGCCUACCGGCACAUUAUCUUCAAUCAGCUGCUCAUCUCGUCGAUACUGCUGUGUAUGCUCGGCUUUCAGCUGGUCAUCUCGGCCGGUACGAGCAUUAUGGUCGUGUACAUGGUCUACAGUUUGGCGAUCAUCAUCCAAAUUACCUAUUACUGCUACUACGGCUCCAUGCUGCACCACGAGAGUGAGCAGGUGCAGCGGGCCAUUUACGGUGGCGCUUGGUAUACCGCGGAUAUCCGUACGCAGAAGUUGCUGCUGCUGUGCAUGAUGCGGGCGAGUAAAGCGGUGGACGCCAAUUCCGGGUUUACGCGAGCCUCCUUACCGGCCCUGAAAUCGAUACUCAAUUCGGCGGGAUCCUAUAUAACGCUGCUGCUUUCGCUGCUGGACUAA